UAUUUCCGGGUGCGGACGUGGCGCGUCGCCGCCAUCUUGCGGGGCCGCCCGGGAACCGGAGAGAGCGGAGGGCCCGAGUGCGGAUCCUGCCGCCGCCGCUGCUAUGGUGCUGUUGGCAGCCGCCGUGUGCACGAAGGCAGGGAAGGCCAUCGUGUCCCGGCAGUUUGUGGAGAUGACUCGCACCCGCAUCGAGGGGCUGCUGGCAGCAUUCCCAAAACUGAUGAACACAGGGAAGCAGCACACAUUUGUGGAGACAGAGAGCGUGCGGUACGUCUACCAGCCCAUGGAGAAGCUCUACAUGGUGCUGAUUACCACCAAAAACAGCAACAUCCUGGAGGACCUGGAAACACUCCGACUCUUCUCUAGAGUGAUCCCUGAAUAUUGUCGAGCUCUGGAAGAGAAUGAGAUCUCAGAGCACUGCUUUGACCUAAUCUUUGCCUUUGAUGAAAUUGUCGCCCUGGGCUACCGCGAGAAUGUAAAUCUGGCGCAAAUUCGGACCUUCACAGAGAUGGACUCACAUGAGGAAAAGGUGUUUCGGGCAGUCAGAGAGACACAGGAACGUGAAGCAAAAGCUGAGAUGCGCCGUAAAGCGAAGGAGUUGCAGCAGGCCAGGAGGGAUGCAGAGAGACAUGGCAAGAAGGCACCAGGUUUUGGCGGCUUUGGCAGCUCGGCCGUGUCUGGAGGCGUGACAGCAAUGAUCACAGAGACCAUCAUUGAGACUGAGAAGCCCAAAGUGGCACCAGCACCAGCCAGGCCUUCAGGUCCCAGUAAAGCCUUGAAACUCGGUGCUAAAGGGAAGGAAGUGGACAACUUCGUGGACAAGCUGAAAUCAGAAGGAGAAAAUAUCAUUACUUCUGUAGGCAAGCGCUCUGCAGAAGCAGCCAAAGUUCUCGCUCCUCCCAUUAACAUGGAGAGUGUACACAUGAAAAUAGAGGAGAAAAUCUCCUUGACUUGUGGCCGUGAUGGAGGGUUGCAGAACAUGGAGCUUCAUGGCAUGAUCAUGCUGCACAUCUCUGAUGAAAAGUUUGCACGUAUUCGGCUGCAUGUAGAAAAUGAAGACAAGAGGGGAGUGCAGCUACAGACUCACCCAAAUGUGGACAAGAAGCUCUUCACUACAGAGUCACAGAUUGGUUUGAAGAACCCAGAGAAGUCAUUCCCUAUUAACAGCGACGUGGGUGUGCUGAAGUGGAGGUUGCAGACUACAGAAGAGUCCUUCAUUCCAUUGACAAUUAACUGCUGGCCAUCAGAGAGUGGGAACAGUUGCGAUGUUAACAUUGAAUAUGAGUUGCAAGAGGAGAGCCUAGAGCUGAAUGAUGUGAUCAUCACCAUCCCUUUGCCGUCUGGUGUUGGCGCCCCAGUGAUUGGGGAGAUUGAUGGUGAAUAUCGCCACGACAGCCGGAGAAACCUCCUUGAGUGGUGCCUGCCGGUGAUAGAUGCCAAAAACAAGAGUGGUAGCCUGGAGUUCAGCAUAGCAGGGCAGCCAAAUGACUUCUUCCCAGUGCACGUCUCCUUCAUCUCCAAAAAGAACUAUUGCAACAUACAGGUUACCAAAGUGACCCAGGUAGAUGGGAACAGCCCUGUAAGGUUUUCCACUGAAACCACCUUCCUGGUGGACAAGUACGAAAUCCUGUAAUGCUAGACGUGGUGACGCGCAAUGGAAGAAAUUUUUAAAUUAAAAAAACACGAGGCCGACGUUUAUUCUGAAUGUUGGGAACGCCACAGCCCCCUCUGCUAAGACAUGUGGCUCUGUCUGCCAUCUACAGUGUUCCUGGGUCACAGACAUUUUUUGCAGAGAAGACGUGCUCGUGGGGAGAAA